UGGCGGCGGCGGCGGCCGGGGGAAGCCGCGGGGCCGGUCAUGCGGCUGCGGGGCCCGCGGCCCGGAGCGUCCGCCCAGCCCUGAGAGAGGCCCCGCAGGGCGCCCCCCGCCACUCAGGAUGAGUCACUGCAGCAGCCGUGCCCUGACCCUGCUGAGCAGUGUGUUUGGUGCAUGCGGCCUGCUCUUGGUGGGCAUCGCAGUCAGUACUGACUACUGGCUGUACAUGGAGGAGGGGACCGUGUUGCCGCAGAACCAGACCACCGAGGUCAAGAUGGCGCUGCACGCUGGCCUGUGGAGAGUCUGCUUCUUUGCAGGUCGGGAGAAGGGCCGCUGUGUGGCUUCGGAGUACUUUCUAGAACCGGAGAUCAACUUGGUGACGGAAAACACGGAGAAUAUUCUGAAGACUGUGCGCACCGCCACUCCCUUCCCCAUGGUCAGCCUCUUCCUCGUUUUCACCGCCUUCGUCAUCAGCAACAUCGGCCACAUCCGCCCACAGAGGACCAUUCUGGCUUUCGUUUCUGGAAUCUUCUUCAUCCUUUCAGGCCUCUCCUUGGUGGUGGGUUUGGUUCUGUACAUCUCCAGCAUCAAUGACGAGGUCAUGAACAGGCCGAGCAGCUCAGAGCAGUACUUCCAUUACCGCUAUGGGUGGUCCUUCGCCUUUGCUGCUUCCUCUUUCCUUCUCAAAGAGGGGGCUGGAGUCAUGUCGGUGUACUUGUUCACCAAGCGCUACGCGGAGGAGGAGAUGUACCGUCCCCACCCGGCCUUCUACCGCCCGCGUCUCAGCGACUGCUCUGACUACUCCGGCCAGUUUCUGCAGCCCGAGGCGUGGCGCCGCGGCCGCAGCCCAUCGGACAUCUCCAGCGACGUCUCCAUUCAGAUGACGCAAAAUUACCCUCCAGCCAUCAAGUACCCCGACCACCUGCACAUCUCCACCUCGCCAUGCUGAAGCUAGUGGAGCCCCCCUUCUCGGCCUCCUCCUCCUCCACCUCUUCCUCCUCCUCCUCUCCUGCAAUGCAGCCCCGGUCCCCUAGGGGACUCAAGGCUGGAGGAUGCUGCGCCAACUCUAGGCUCCAACUCCGCCAUCCUCGUUUCAGUGGCUCUACCUGCUUUCCAACCUCUCCUCCACAUCGGCCCCUUCUGCUUCCAAAUGACCCCUCCCUGUUGUGUAUUUUCUUCCCCUUUCCCUGGCUCCUCCCCUCCCGUCAGCUCCUUUUCCUUUCCGUGGGUCCAGCUUGCCUACCCGCAGGAGCGUGUCUGGUACCCAGCUCCCCCUGAGCUCCACAGAUUCCUGGCUGGAGCGCCGCGCUGGAGAGUGGGUCUGGGAGACGCUGGGAGUGCCCUUGAACUCACCUUGGUCCUCACUCCUAGCAACACCUCCAGCCUAGCCCUGUCCUCGGUAGUGCUGGGCGGGCACCUGCUUGCUGUCCACAUCUGUCGGUCUGGAGGUGGAGGGGGAGGGGGACUGCAGGACUUUGACUACUGCUGACCCCGCCCCCCCAUUCCUACUUUCUGUGACCUACCUUCUAGGGGCCUCGGCCCUGACGAUCUUUUUUUCCUUUCCUGCUGAGCUCUCUUCUGCUCCUUUUCUUCCCUCUCUCUUUUCCUCCCUCCACGUGCUCAUCCAAAGCCCCUAGGUGCAUCUUGCCUCUCACACCAAACAAGGAUGGAGACCCCAGGGUGGAGGGAGGUUCCCUCAUGCUAUCUCCACACCUGUGCCCGCCUCUCCCCCCUCGAGGUCCCGUCGGGGGAGGGAGGAGCAGUAGCGGGGGUUGACACCCCCUACAACCUCUGUCUUCCAUUUUCUGGUACACCUCCUCACCCACGUCCUUCCCAUCUCAGACCCCCAACUCUGGCCUCUUUCAAGAGCCAGUACACCCCCUUGGACAGAUUGGGGGGAGGUCGCCAGAAAAUCGCUCAUCCCAUCCCCCUUAUUAGGGGAGGAAGGGCGAGGUAGCACAGUGUUAUACACGGAACCAGAACGGCCCCCGGGGUGGGGGGAGGGG